AUGGUAGAAGCAGACAAAAAUUGGCCGCUUAGGUGGGGUAUCGUGGGGGCGCCUUUAAGAAAAAGUAUAGUUACUUCAGCUUUUGCAGUUGCAGAAUCAUCAAAGUGCAACAGUGCAGACCGAAGCCUGCUCUCCAAGGCUUUCGCCUCUGUUUCUGGUUUCAACAUCACCUGGUUUAACAACUCCCAACCCAACUGUUCAAAUCCUCCAAUUCUUGACGUUAAACUCGCAUCAAGAAAUCUUAGUGGUAGCAUCUCAUGGAAGUUCCUCAAAAACAUGCCCAAUCUUCAAACUAUAGAUCUCUCCGGAAAUAAUUUGACUGGCUCUGUUUCUUCUGCUCUUUGGUCUAUUCCAACUCUUGUGGAAAUUAACCUGUCGAAGAACAAACUAGGAGGCUCAAUCGGGAUCCCAAAACCUGCUUCUUUUAAAUCUUCAGCAAUUCGAAAGAUUAAUCUUUCUUUCAAUAGGUUUAAGAAUUUUACUUUUCUCUCUAAUUUUCUUAAUCUCACUUUUCUUGAUCUUUCACACAAUGAUUUACAAGUUGUUCAACUGAAUUGGCUCACCAACUUAACCAAUCUUGAGAGUCUUAAUAUUUCUAGCAGUAAUAUUUCUGGGAAUAUAAAGCCCAUUUCAGGUCUCUCACAUUUGAAAUAUCUUGUUGUUUCAAAUAAUAAAUUGACUGGAAAUUUUCCUGCUGAUUUCCCACCCAUAGGUAAACUCCAGUUCUUGAAUGUCUCGUUCAAUAACUUCUCAGGCGAAUUGGAUUCAAAAAUGGUAAAAAGAUUUGGUAGUUCAUCUUUCAUUCAUGCCGGAAAUUUCAAAACUCAGAAUCAUACUGAGUUGCCCCAUCGUUCACCCAUCCCACUUCACAAAAUACCAGGCAACAACGUAAAUUUCAUCCAAAAAAGGAAACCCAAAUCGAAGACCAGGAUUCUGGUUUUAGCCAUAUCACUCGCAUCAGCAUUUCUUGUCUUGGCUAUUGGGGUUUUCACAUAUUGCGUGUACAAGAAGAGAAAGAUGGCUAGACAAAACAAAUGGGCAAUUUCAAAGCCAAUUGAAGUACCAUUUAGAUUCGAAAAAUCUGGUCCAUUUUCAUUUGAAACGGAAUCCGGGUCCUCAUGGGUGGCUGAUAUUAAAGAACCAUCUUCAGCACCGGUGGUCAUAUUUGAGAAGCCAUUGAUGAACCUUACAUUUAAGGACUUAAUUGCAGCCACAUCACACUUUGGGAAAGAGUCCCUUCUUGCAGAGGGUAGAUGUGGGCCCGUGUACACAGCCGUACUACCAGGUGACCUCCACGUGGCAAUCAAGGUCCUGGAAAAUGCUAGGGACCUUAGCCAUGAUGAAGCUGUAGCCAUGUUCGAAGACUUAUCAGAGUUGAAACACCCCAACUUGCUGCCUGUUUCUGGCUAUUGCAUUGCAGGUAAAGAAAAGUUGGUAUUGUAUGAAUUUAUGGCCAAUGGUGAUCUCCACCGUUGGUUGCAUGAGCUUCCAACGGGAAUACCCAACGUGGAAGACUGGAGCACUGACACGUGGGAGCUUCAAAAUGGGUCCCAUAAUACAUCGCCAGAGAAAUUGGAAUGGCACACGCGCCACCGUAUUGCAGUGGGUAUAGCGCGUGGACUCGCCUAUCUACACCAUGCUCGGUCCAAGCCGGUGGUGCACGGACAUUUGGUUCCGUCUAAUAUCUUGUUGGCGGAUGACUUUGAACCCCGGAUAGCUGACUGUGCACUGAGUCAAGACCGAGUUGGUGGCUCCACCGAGGCUGAUGUUUAUAGUUUUGGUGCAGUGCUAGUGGAGUUGUUAACAGGAAAACAAGGUUCACGUGAGACUAUCGACUGGGUGAGGAGAUUAAUAAAGAAUGGAGAAGGGGAGAACGCUCUUAACUCAAGGUUGAGACUCGGUCGUGACUCAGUUAGUGAGAUGGUGGAGUGUCUCAGAAUUGGGUACUUGUGCACGGCGGAGGCGCCAGGAAAAAGACCCACGAUGCAACAAGUUUUGGGUUUGCUGAAAGACGUACACCCCACACCAUUAGAGUUUGUCUGAGUUGACUCGGAGUAUCCAAAUUGACUCAAAGCGCGUCAUUCAUUCAUUUUCUUCUGUUUAUCGGCCCUAAAUGAAUGCAGUCAACUAACAGACAGCUGGUUUACAUUUCCACCACGGCGAAUGAUCACGUGCACUGCACGUGACUUGAUUUCAGUAGAAUUUAUUUCUCCAUAUGUGAUAUUAAAAAUCAGUGCAUGCCUCCUUUGUCUUCAUUUGAAGUAACUAUUUUUUUUUCUUUUU